AUGUUGCUAAGUUCAUCAUUUGUUUCACUUCCUAGUUUCUUCAAACCUCAACUGCCAACAACUAAUCUUCCUACUUCAAAUGCUUCUCUCUUUCCAUGUUAUGCUACUAAUUCAAAUAUUUCUCAAAGAAAAUCUGCCAACUACCAGCCCAAUAUUUGGAAUUAUGAUAGUUUAUUAUCCUUAAAACACGAUUAUGCGGGUGCCCACUACGUAAAUAGGAGCAGAAGGUUGAAAGAGGAAGUAAGAAGAAUGAUUAAUGAUGAAAAUGUAGAAAUUUUAGAAUUAUUAGAAAAUGUGAAACGCUUAGGCCUUAGCUACCACUUUGAAAAAGAGAUCAUAGAAGCACUUGAUAGGUUUUUGUCUUUGGAAAUGCAUGGUGAUAUAGUUAUUGAAGAAAAUCUGCAUAAAACUGCGUUAAAAUUCAAACUCCUUCGAGAAUAUGGAUAUCAUGUUUCUCCAGAUAUUUUUGAGAAGUUUAAGGACCACGAUGGAAAUUUUAAAGCGCGUCUUGUGAAAGAUAUUAAAGGAAUGUUAAGUCUUUACGAGGCAUCGUUUAUGUCUUAUGAAGGAGAAAUAAUUUUGGAUGAAGCAAAUUCCUUCACGAGUUUUCACAUGAGACGAAGACUUCAUGAUAAUAUAAGUGAUUUUCUCUUUGAACAAGUGAAUCAUUCAUUGGAACUUCCAAUAUAUCGUAGAAUUCAAAGACUUGAAGCCCGAUGGUAUAUUAACUCAUACGGAAAAAGAAAGAAUGCAAAUAAAGUGUUGCUUGAAUUUGCCAAGUUGGAUUUCAACAUCGAGCAAUCAAAUAUUCAGCUAGAACUUAAAGAAAUGUUAAGGUGGUGGAAGGGGAUGGGACUAGCACCAAAGAUAAGUUUUAAUCGUGAUAGAUUAAUGGAAUGCUUUUUUUGGGCUAUUGGAAUGGCGCCAUUGGGGCCCAAAUUCAGCAAUCUUCGCAAAGGUUUAACUAAAGUUGGCUAUCUAAUUACUUUAAUCGAUGACAUAUAUGAUAUUUAUGGAACUUUGGAUGAAUUAGAGCUUUUCACAACCGCAAUAGAAAGUUGGGAUAUUAAUGCAGUUAAAACUCUUCCGGAAUACAUGAAGAUAUUUUUCUUAGCACUCUAUAACACUGUCAAUGAAUUAGCAUACGACGCACUUAAAGAAAAAGGACAUGACAUCCUUCGCUACCUCGUCAAAGCGUGGUCUGAUUUGUUGAAAGCAUUUCUCCAAGAAGCAAAGUGGUGUAAUAAUAAACACAUACCAAAAUUUGAUGAUUACCUUAACAACGCAUGGGUGUCUGUGUCUGGUGUUGUUCUACUCACUCACUCCUAUUUUCUACUAAACCAUAGCAUAACAAAGGAAGGUCUUGAGUACUUGGAAAAUUGCCAUUUGUUACUACAGAGACCAUCCAUUAUUUUUCGACUUUGCAAUGAUUUGGCUACUUCAUUGGCGGAGUUACAAAGAGGCGAAACAUGUAAUUCAAUUAUGUGCUACAUGAAGGAAAAUGGUGUUAGUGAGAUGAUUGCUCACAAAUACAUUCACAACUUGCUUAAUGAAACUUGGAAGAAGAUGAACAAAGAUCAAAUUACAUAUUCAGCUUUCUCAAAAUAUUUUCUAGAAACUUUAACCAACCUUGCUAGAAUUUCUCACUGCACGUAUCAAUAUGGAGAUGGACAUAGAGCUCCUAAUACUAUAUCAAAGAAUCGAAUAAAGGAGUUAAUACUUGAACCUAUUAAUUAA